AUGGGAUCUGCACCGACUCUCAACCAGCAGCUGGCCCGUCCUUGGGUCGAGACUCCCUGUCUCUACUCGGCCGCUCUCUCCAAGACCGCAGGAUGCCACAUCUACCUCAAGCUCGAGAACCACCAGCCGUCCGGCUCGUUCAAGUCCCGCGGCAUCGGCAACCUCAUGGUGCGCGCCGUCGCCAAAGCCCGCGACGAGUCUGGCGGCACGGCCGACGUGCACUUUUACUGCUCGUCGGGCGGCAACGCAGGGCUGGCGUGCGCCACGGCGGCGCGCGAGCUCGACAGCCCGGCCACGAUUGUCGUGCCCACCACGACCUCGCCGUACAUGAUUGCCAAGCUGCAGAGCCUGUGCGACGACGUGCGCGUGCACGGCGCCAACUGGGCGGCCGCCGACCAGCACCUGCGCGAAGCCGUGAUGGUGCCGAGCAAGGACGCGACGGGCGCGGCCGUCGCGACCCACGUCAAGCGCGUAUAUGUCCCGCCCUUUGACCACCCCGACAUCUGGGACGGCGCCGCCACGCUCGUCGAAGAGGUGGCGGCCCAGCUCGGCCCCGCGGGUGUGCACCCGGACGCAUUCGUCUGCAGCGUCGGCGGCGGCGGGCUGCUGUGCGGCCUGAUGCAAGGCAUGGAGCGUGUGUACGGGCCCGAGGCGCCGACCAAGGUGCUGGCCGUCGAGACCGCGGGCGCCGAGAGCCUCGCGGCGUCCAUCACGGCGGGCCAGCUGGUGACGCUGCCGCGCAUCUCGUCGAUUGCAACCUCGCUGGGCUGCAGCCGCGUGGCCGAGCAGGCGUACGCGUGGUACCGGAACCGCCCCAAGGCCGUGGUGCCGCUCGUAGUCACCGACGCCGAGGCCGUCGACGCGAUUGUGCAUUUUCUGGACGACACGCGGUUGCUGGUCGAGCCGGCAUGCGGCGCGGCGCUGGCGCCGCUGUACACACCGGCACCUGCUUCGGCGGUCGCUGAGCCAGGCAAGCCCACGAGUCUGCUGCGGCACCACCUCGGCGCCGGCAUGUCGGAUGUGGAGUGGGCCGAGCAAAAAGUCGUCAUGGUGGUGUGCGGCGGGUCCAACAUCAGCCUCGACAUCCUGGCAGGCUUCCGGGAGCGGUUUGGCGUGUAG